AUGGCCGGAGGCGAACGAGGCGGAGAGCGAAGAGGGCCGGAGGCGAACGAGGCGGAGAGCGAAGAUGGCCGGAGGCGAACGAGGCGGAGAGCGACGAUAGCCGGAGGCGAACGAGGCGGAGAGCGAAGAUGGCCGGAGGCGAACGAGGCGGAGAGCGAAGAUGGCCGGAGGCGAACGAGGCAGAGAGCGACGAUAGCCGGAGGCGAACGAGGCGGAGAGCGAAGAUGGCCGGAGGCGAAGGAGACGGAGAUGGCCGGAGCUGAUCGAGGCGGAGAGCGACGAUGGCUGGAGGUGAAGGAGAUGGAGGGCGUAGAGGGCCGGAGAGGGCCAGAGGCGGAGGGCGAAGAGGGCCAGAAGCGGAGGGCCGGAGGCGGAAGGCCAAGAGGGCCGGAGGCGGAGGGCCAAGAGGGCCGGAGGCGGAAGGCGAAGAGGGCCGGAGGCGGAGGGCGAAGAGGACCCGAGGCGGAGGGCCUAGAGGGCCGGAGGCGGAGGGCGCAGAGGGCCGGAGGCGGAGGGCGCAGAGGGCCGGAGGCGGAGGGCGCAGAGGGCCGGAGGCGGAGGGCGAAGAGGGCCGGAGGCGGAGGGCGAAGAGGGCCGGAGGCGGAGGGCGAAGAGGGCCGGAGGCGGAGGGCGAAGAGGGCCGGAGGCGGAGGGCGAAGAGGGCCGGAGGCGGAGGGCGAAGAGGGCCGGAGGCGGAGGGCGAAGAGGGCCGGAGGCGGAGGGCGAAGAGGGCCGGAGGCGGAGGGCGAAGAGGGCCGGAGGCGGAGGGCGAAGAGGGCCGGAGGCGGAGGGCGAAGAGGGCCGGAGGCGGAGGGCGAAGAGGGCCGGAGGCGGAGGGCGAAGAGGGCCGGAGGCGGAGGGCGAAGAGGGCCGGAGGCGGAGGGCGAAGAGGGCCGGAGGCGGAGGGCGAAGAGGGCCGGAGGCGGAGGGCGAAGAGGGCCGGAGGCGGAGGGCGAAGAGGGCCGGAGGCGGAGGGCGAAGAGGGCCGGAGGCGGAGGGCGAAGAGGGCCGGAGGCGGAGGGCGAAGAGGGCCGGAGGCGAACGAGGCGGAGGGCGAAGAUGGCCGGAGGCGAACGAGGCGGAGGGCGAAGAUGGCCGGAGGCCAACGAGGCGGGGAGCGAAGAUGGCCGGAAGCGAACAAAGCGGGGAGCGAAGAUGGCCGGAGGCGAACGAGGCGGGGAGCGAAGAUGGCCGGAGGCGAACGAGGCGGGGAGCGAAGAAGGCCGGAGGCGAACGAGGCGGGGAGCGAAGAAGGCCGGAGGCGAACGAGGCGGGGAGCGAAGAAGGCCGGAGGCGAACGAGGCGGGGAGCGAAGAAGGCCGGAGGCGAACGAGGCGGGGAGAGAAGAUGUCCGGUGACGAACGAGGCGGGGAGCGAAGAGGGCCGGAGCCGAACGAGGCGGGGAGCGAAGAGGGCCGGAGCCGAACAAGGCGGGGAGCGAAGAGGGCCGGAGCCGAACGAGGCGGGGAGCGAAGAUGGCCGGAGCCGAACGAGACGGGGAGCGAAGAUGGCCGGAGCCGAACGAGGCGGGGAGCGAAGAUGGCCGGAGCCGAACGAGGCGGGGAGCGAAGAGGGCCGGAGCCGAACGAGGUGGAAAACAAAGUGUGCAAAAGGGGUAAGAAGGGAUGA